AUGAAGAUCACUACUCCGAGUUCCGCCUUAUGGCUCUUGGUCUCUGCUGCUCUGCUCAGUUGUACUCGUAGCGCUGCUCUUUCUUCUAAUUAUGAGCCUCUGGUGUUCUCAUCAUCGGAAUUGAUCAAGGAGGAAAACUUACCACGGCUGGCAGAAGCCCUAACCACAACUGGGUUGGUUGCCAUUACUACCACAGCAACAACAACAGCAACAACAACAAGCAGUAGCCCUGAAUGGUUUGUCACCCUGGCCACUGCCACAGUGGGGUUCAGCCCUUUGCCUCUUGAUACCCCAGAACUAGCUGCGCAAUGUGGGGAGGACACGGUCCAGGCCAUGGAGACUCUCAGGGACCAGGUGGCACAAACAGCCACAGUGUUCCUCAGUGCGGUGGACAACCUACUCCUGCAGGCCAAGCGACAAGAACUAUACACAUCUUCCUACCAGAAACCUUUGAUCAAGACUUCUUAUGGAGUCACUUACAACUCAAUUUCUUCCAUUGUAAAGGCAGCCACCAAUUUGGAACACUUCCAUGUCUACUCCAAGAACAGCACCACGUCAUCAUCUGAAAAUCACGGCCAACACGAACCUGCACUGCAAGUGCAUAGUGAUGCAGGGCUCUUUCUAGCCUUUGUUCCAGCUCAUUCCUGUAACUCCGAUAUGGCCACAGGUGCAGAUCAAUCUUUCCUCAUCAAGGAUCCAGCCGAUGGACAACUGAAACCAGUUGCAUUCCCACCCAAUUCGAUUGCCAUUAUGCUGGGAGCAGGGGCAGAACAGUGGCUCGACACUCCAGACACUCUUCCUUUGAAAGCAACAAGACAUGCUGUACACAUGACAGCUGGACAAAGCCGCGCUUGGUAUGGAAUGAUGCAUCUCGUGCCAGAAUCUGCCAUUGUGGAGCAAACAACGUCAGGCCAAGCCAGAACCUUUGGGGAUAUGAGACAAGCCAUGGUACUCAAAGGGAAAACCAAGACCAGUCGCACCUUUGGAGAUAUUUCCAGCAACAGUGCUGACGAUGUUUCUAUUGGCUGUGGCUUUUCCAGGUUUGAUGCUCCUGCUGGAAGCCACCAAGACUUCUUGAGUACUGCCACCACCAUGACAACGCCAAGACGUCGUCUACAACAUGUCGAAAAUGCUGCGGCAUGCAACAAUGAAACCAUGUUUUACUGUUGGAUGAGCUGCUUGGAUAUACCCAAUGUGGAGAAUGCCAAUGGGUAUAUCAGUGAGAAAUACGGAUUGUAUUGCCUAGAUCCUGCCGUGUUGGCUGCCACUGGACAAGUUAGCAAGGCGGUCGAAACCUGUACGGAGGGUGGAACGGUUGGCGGAGCCAUGAACACAGCUUGUGUUGGCAUGUGGCAGCCACAAGCACCCAAUGUGCCCUCACAGGAGGUUGUUGUGGAGGCAAAUUCGAAUCAAACAGAAUCAGAUGAACCAUGGUGCUACGGUGGAACCAGCAUGUAUAUGGAUGGAUUCAAUUGGGUUGGCUCUACCUGUGCCAUCUACCUGUUUCCAAGCAUUAUCCUGGAGACCCCAGGCGCUCUUGUCUUUGCCUGUUUCUUUACCAUCUUGUUUGGCAUGUCACUCGAGUUUGUGAUUCAACAACGGCGUGUCACUGUCAGAAAGUAUGGACCUGGAAUGUCUCGACUGGCUGUUUCGGCCACCUUUUACGGCUUGCAACUGACCAUGGGGUAUGCGAUUAUGCUGGUUGUGAUGAUUUAUUCGAUUCCUCUGUUCCUUUCUGUGGUUGUGGGGAUUGUUGGUGGCCAUGUUGUCUUCAGUGCACCGGAUGCACUGAUCCAACAGGUGAAUGCAAAAAAGGGGUCUGGCCAAGUCACCGAAAGGACGCGGGACAGUGGCGAAGGCAGUAACGCGGAAUGCUUGAGCCCAGAAGGUGGUAAAGUGUACAAUACCAUGCCAGUGCCAGAGCAGCCGGUUACGGACGGAAGUUGCACCUUCCACAGUGCCAAUGACCAUGAAGACCUCGAGAUACCAGAAGGAAGUACUCCUUGUUGUCAAAAUCAACUUUGA